GGCGGGACGCGGCGGUGGCGCUGGGGGCGUCCGGAGCGGCUGCGGCACCGCACGGAGCGGACGGCGCUGUGGCUGCCUGCCUUUCACCUGCGACCGUCCCAACCUGCAGGAGGGCAGCAAAUGGCCACAGCACAUCCAUCCCAGGAGCCCGUGACCUUUGGGGAUGUGGCCGUGUAUUUCAGCAGGGAGGAGUGGGCGCUGCUGGACCCUGCGCGGCGAGCCCUGUACUGGGAUGUGAUGCUGGAGACGUAUGAGUGCAUAGCCUCGCUGGCAUCUAAACCUGUGGUGAUCCCCCUGCUCGAAGGAGGGGAAGAUCCCUGGAUCCCAGAUGUACACAGCCUGAAGGACAUGGCAGGAGACAUCUGCUCGGGUGAUGGGAUCACAAAUUCAAAGGAGAAUCUGCAGGAGAGCGGUGUAUCCAGAAGUCAGUGGGGUGGCAUCUCUCUUGGGAAAACCAGAAGGGAAUUCCAAGGAGGCCUGGAGCAAGGAAAGCACAUGAAGAAGCCUCUGGGAAACCAUCCAGGAAAGAGAGUGAGAGAAACCCCGGCCUGUGGCAAAGGUCAAAAGCAGGCAAAAGAGCUGAGCCAGAAGAACGGGCAGAGCCCAUGCAAUGAGUGUGGGAAGAGCUUUAAGGAUCAUUCCUACCUUGCUGUCCAUCAACGCAUCCACACAGGAUACAAACCCUUCAAGUGUCCCAGGUGUGAGAAGAGCUUCAAGUGCAGUUCUCAGCUCGAUUACCAUGAGCGCAUCCACUCAGAAGACAGACCCUACAAGUGCCCUGAGUGUGAGAAGGGCUUCAGAAGCAGUUCCAACCUCCUGAUCCAUGAGCGCAUCCACACCGGAGAGAGACCGUUCAAAUGCUCUGAAUGUUCAAAGGGCUUCAAAAGAAGAUCCCACCUCGUGAUCCACCAGCGCGUUCACACAGGAGAGAGACCCUACAAGUGCCCAGAGUGUGGGAAGGGCUACAAAACCAGUUCUCACCUCAUGACCCACCAGCGCAUCCAUACAGGAGACAGACCCUACAAAUGUUCCAUUUGUGGAAAGGGCUACAAGAGCAGUUUUGAAUUUAAAUGCCACCAGCGUAUCCACACAGGAGAAAGACCUUACAAGUGUUCUGAGUGUGCAAAAGACUAUAAAACUAGUUACCAACUCAUGAUCCACCAGCGUAUCCACACAGGAGAAAGACCUUACAAGUGCCCCGAGUGUGCCAAGGGCUUCAAAAGCAAGUCUCAGCUCAUGGUCCACCAGCGCAUCCACACAGGAGAAAAACGCUACAAGUGCCCUGAGUGUGCAAAAGCCUUCAGAAGCAGUUCCCAAGUCACAAUUCACCAGCGUACCCACAGAGGACAGAAACCCUACCAAUGCUCUGAGUGUGAGGAGAGCUUUGGGAGCACUUCUGACCUCAUCUCCCACCAGCACGUCCACACAGGAGACAAAAUCUAUAUAUGUGAUGAGUGUGGGAAGGGCUACCAAGGGAGUUCCACGCUGCUCUCCCACCUGCACAUCCCCACAGGAGACAAGCACUACAAGUGUCCUGAGUGUGAGAAAGAUCACGCUUGACAGUUUUCUUUUGUAUCCCCAUUCUCAGUGAUGUCCCUCAGCCCAUAAAGAAGAAUCUCCUUUUGACAAUGAACACAUUCAAUGUGCAGUCCUGAGGAGAGGUCCAGGCAGGGAUUACAGAGGCCAGCGAUGCCUCAACAUGCAGCGGUGUUGCUCUGACAGGGUUUGGAAUCAGAAGGAUCCUCUGGAGAACCAUGCCCUGAACAGGGACAACUUGGCACUGAGAUCAGGUCGAUGAGCAGUUCCUCGUGACCCAGCACUGAUACCCAGUCCCGGUGAUGAUUUUCCCCUUAGAACAACUGGGAAUUUCCCUCUGUGCCCUUUCAGCUUCUAGUCCCCACUUUUGUCUUUUCCUCCCCUCCCUGCACCCAGGACACAUGGCCACACCUUCUCUGAGCAAGUGCAGUUGUUCUUGGUCUGGCUGGGAUGGAGUUGAUGGGACUCUGCCACCUGCCAGGCUCAGCACUCAGCCUGCCCGAGGGGCUGCCCAGGGGACUGAGUGUGGGGAGAAGUGUGGGGGUAAGGAGCCCCCAGGCUGGGUGGGAGCCUUCUGGUGCCAAAAGCUGCUGCAUGGAGUAGGGAAGUCUCUACUAGACAGGACCCCAGCAUCCUUUUGGUGGGGCUUUGCAAGAUGAGAGAUACAUGCAGGGGUUACCUGCUUCAAGUCUGGCUUUCCUGAGUCUCCCCUUUCUGUUUUCUUUGCCUCAGAAGGAAUGAAAAUAGAGGCUGUAAUGUCCAAGAAAACACUGAGAAUCCUAAGCCUUAUGCUCCCCCAGCAAUUUCCUUUCUGCCCCUCUGCCCCUAGAGAGCACUGUUGUUGCGUGUCCAGUGUCACCAGGGCCUGUGCGACAUGGCCCUUAGCAGCUGCACACAUCAAAAUAGCCUUGGGCAGUGCUCUGCUGCCAGGAGGGGUCUGCGAGGCAGAGCUGAGUCUACAGCAGCUGUCAUGGACUCUGUGAGCACCAGGGAGGGCUUGUGGGCACAGCGCUAGUGACAGGGACGUCUGCAGGCAGCAGUGACAUGAGCAGGGAGAGGGAGCUACCCCUGGAAAUGCCAUGGGGCUGGGGCACCUCCAUGCCAUAACCGCAGUACAUAUCCUUUCCCCAUAGCAACCCUGUGGUCUGCUGUCCAUCUCCAGCAUAGAUCUCCAUCCUUCAGAGCUUUGGAAUCUUACAGUGUGCCUUUGAAUUCAUCAGUUCUGGGGUCAGCAUUCAGCUGCAGUUCAGACACUGAUGUUGCAGAUUCCAUCAUGCAGAUACAUCAGUGGAGGAAGUUUGCAGACAAUACCAAUUUAGGUGAACCUAUUGAUCUGCCUGAAGGUAGGAAGGCAUUGCAGGGGGACCUGGAUAUGUUGGAUCAGUUGGUCAAGUCCAAUCAUAUGACAUUCAACAAGAUUAAGUGCUAGUUGCUGCACUUGGACAAAAAGCUGAAGUUGUAAGGGCUUGGGAAGAGUGGCUGGAAAGGUGCCUGGCAGGAAAGGACGUCGGGGUGUCAGGUGCCCAGGAGGUCAAAAUGGCCUGGCCUGCAUCAGAAAUUGACAUGUAGGAAUUGCCAGGGAAACUGAGGUUGUUUAAUAUGGAGAAAAAGGAACUGAGAGGAGAUCUCAUUGUUCUGUACAACUACCUGAAAGAAGAUCAUAGUGAGAAGGGUGUCCACCUCUUUUCUGUAGGAAAUCAGCGGGAGACAAGUCUCAUGCUUUCAUGAUCAACAAGUCUCAGCUUUAUUGAAGCACACGCAGGCAUUUAUACGAUAGUUAAUGAGCUACUACAUAUGCCAAAUUGGGUUCUCUUAUUGGUUAGUUCUUUACGUGAGAAAGUAACCUUCAACGCUAGAUACCGUGACAGUCCCGUGAUGAAUGCCCGAUUGUUUACUGCAUACCACUCAAUUUUCUUAACUGCAGCAUGUUCUUAUCACUUCCUUGCUCCUGAGUGAGGGCAGCACAACCUUGCCUGGUUUAAUGAGCAGGGCCCUAUCUCCUUACCAGCUGCAUCCCAUCAUGGCCCCUCUCCCGGAGCCAGUGCUCCGGGUCCCAAAAGCUCUCCACACUUUUCUUAGGUAACAAGUGGUAGGUAACAAAUAACUGGAGCCUACUGAAGUAGUGCUGGGUGCCUAUGGUAGGACAGUGGCGCUCUGCCUAAAAACACUGAGAUUAUGAGCACCUCUUCAUCAACUGAAAUAACAAAAUACUACUAAUAGAAUGUCCGUGAUUUGCCAUGCUAUUCAGAGUUUUUCAGAGUGUGUAUUAAUAGCAAAUUUGUCUUCCCCUGUACUUGCAUUGCCCUGUGUUUGUUUUGCUGUGUAUUUAAUCUUCCUGAUCCUUCAUGUAUUUCUACAUGACCUUACUAAACUGACAGUGUCUAAGACUGCGUACCCAGCAGUUGGUUUGGCUUUCUGUGUUGUCAGGAUCCCCAUGGUGUACUUAGC